AGGAGAGUCACUGCCUCGCAGAAAAAGCAAUCUUGAAAAUUCCGUUGAUGGAUGCCUCUCACAGAUAUGAAGAGGCUUACCAUCUUCUCAGUCCGUUGUUUGCGGAUCAUCUCUCAUCAUCCUUGCUUAAGUUUUGGUUCAAACUGCUCCCCAUUCUUCUUCUUGGGAAGAAACUUGAGCCAAGUACUCUCAGCAAGCUCGACAAAUACCAGGCCUUUUCCUGAUUAUUCGCCUAAGAAGCCUACCAUCAAGGAUGCCGAAUUUGUUCAUCAUAUCACAACCACAAUUAAGUUGCGUCGCUCUGAGCCUCUGCGCCGUAUCAUGAAGCCGUAUGAAUCUAAGUUCAGGUCUGACCAUCUUAUUUGGACUCUCAUGAAUAUUAGGAACGAUUAUGAGUUGGUUUUGGAUUUUUUUGAUUGGGCAUGCAUUCGUAGAGAACCCAACUUGGAGGCUCGAUGCAUUGUUGUUCAAAUUGCCACUGCAUCAAAGGAUCUUAAAAUGGCACAUAGGCUUAUUCUUGAUUUUUGGAAAAAGCUGAAUUUGGACAUCAGUAUUUCGUUCACUCAUUUUUUGGAGCGGUUGAUAUACACAUACAAGGACUGGGGUUCAGAUCCCUACGUCUUUGAUAUUUUUUUCCAAGUCCUUGUUGAAUCUGGGCUUCUCAAUGAAGCAAGAAACCUGUUCAACAAAUUGUUAAAUUAUGGACUGGUUAUCUCGGUUGAUUCUUGUAAUUUAUUUCUUGCUCGUCUAGCGAGGAGUCUUGGUGGAAUUCAGAUGGCAAUAAAGAUUUUCAAUGAAUAUCCUGAAGUGGGUGUUCGCUGGAACACUGCAUCGUAUAAUGUCAUUAUCCAUUCUCUUUGUGAAAUAGACAAAAUAAAAGAAGCCCACCAUCUUCUCGUGCAAAUGGAAUUGAGAGGCUGUAUACCUGAUGUUGUAAGUUAUAGUACUAUAAUUAGCAGAUAUUGUCAUGUCGGUGACCUACAGAAGGUGUUAAAGCUCAUAGAAGAGAUGAAAGUAAAAAGACUAAAGCCAAACGCAUAUACAUAUAGCAGCAUAGUAUUUCUGUUGUGCAAGACUGGAAAACUCUUUGAAGCUGAGAAGGUCUUGAGAGAGAUGACGACCCAGGGAGUAAUUCCUGAUAAUGUGGUCUACACUACCCUAAUAGACGGUUUCUGUAAGUUGGGCAAUGUUUCAGCUGCUUGUUGGCUGUUUGAUGAGAUGCAGAGAAGGAAAAUAGAUCCUGAUUUUAUAACAUAUACUACUAUCAUACAUGGGUUUUGUCAGGCUGGAAAGAUGGCUGAAGCUGAUAAGCUCUUCGGUGAAAUGGUUACAAAAGGGUUGGAACCGGAUGAAGUUACUUAUACAGCAUUAAUUGAUGGUUAUUGCAAGUCAGGUGAGGUUAAAAAGGCCUUUUCGAUUCACAAUGACAUGGUUCAAAUGGGACUUACACCAAAUAUUGUCACGUACACGGCGCUGGCUGAUGGUCUUUGUAAACAAGGAGAGGUAGACACCGCAAAUGAACUCCUUCAAGAAAUGUGCUUGAAGGGUCUUCAACUGAAUGUCUGCACUUACAACACAAUUGUUAAUGGUCUUUGUAAAUUAGGAAAUAUCAUAGAGGCAGAGAAAUUGAUGGAAGAAAUGAAGGUGGCUGGACCGCAUCCUGAUACUUUUACAUAUACCACUCUCAUGGACGCAUAUUGCAAGACGGGAAAGAUGCCUAAAGCUUACAGGCUCUUGCAGGAGAUGCUGGAUGGUGGACUUCAACCUACAGUUGUUACAUUCAAUGUGCUGAUGAAUGGCUUUUGCAUGUCAGGAAUGCUUGAAGAUGGUAAUAAGCUACUUAAAUGGAUGUUGGAAAAGGGUAUAAUGCCUAAUGCCACAACCUAUAAUUCUCUGAUGAAGCAGUACUCCAUCAGAAAUAACAUGCGUACCGCAACUGAGAUUUAUCGGGAAAUGUGUUCAACAGGAGUGAGCCCUGAUGACAAUACCUAUAACAUUUUAAUAAGGGGGCAUUGUAAGGCAAGGAAUAUGAAAGAGGCAGAGUUUUUGCGCAGAGAAAUGGUUGGGAAAGGAUUUGCUCUUACGGCAAGUUCAUACAAUGCACUAAUAAAGGGCUUUUACAAAAGAAAAAAAAUUGUGGAAGCAAGGGAAGUAUUUGAAGAAAUGAGGAGACAAGGUUUGGUUGCAGAGAGAGAAAUAUACGACAUUUUUGUUGACAUGAACUAUAAAGAAGGGAACAUGGAGAUUACUCUUGAACUUUGUGAUGAAGUAAUAGAAAAUUGUCUUGUGGAAAGGACUAAGAACAAAGGCACCUAGAUGGAUUUAUCUGUUCCACUAUUGGAAUUCCCCUCUAUAGUCAUUGUGAUUUUUCGGGCGAAGUAGCCUGCAUUGGUCCCCAAGACACAAUCAUCCAAUGUACUCAAAACUCAUGGUGACCACCAUUUGCCAUCUUACUCUCUGGCUACCAGUUUUCUUCAUUUUUUUGUGGAAGGGUAGAUAAGGCGGAGCCCAAAAAGGACUGCAUCUUAAAGGCGCAUAAUAGGACAUCUCAAAGACAAGGUUUUCUAAGAGCAAUACCACCAAAAGGACAAGCCAUGUUUGUUAGGCAGUAGAAAGGCUGAGAGCAAUACACCCAUCACAUAGGGAAAACUUUGAGGGUCGUUUAACAAAUGUAUUUAAC